AUGGAGGCAGUGAACCCGAAGCCGUUCCUCAACAGUAUUACUGGCAAGCUUGUCAUUGUCAAAUUGAAAUGGGGCAUGGAGUACAAAGGCUACCUGGUUGCCGUAGAUCGGUACAUGAAUUUGCAACUGCACAGUACUGACGAGUACAUCGACAACUGUUUCACCGGGAGUCUGGGUGAAGUCCUUAUUCGAUGUAAUAACGUGUUGUACAUAAGAGAGUGUGAGGAUGAACCCCGAGCUGAAAUGGAAUAA